AAGUUGAACAUCUAAAAAUUAUCAUGACAGGAAGUGAGCAAGUACAGUGGAGCUCUAGUACGAGGGAACCCAAGCCCUAAAAGAAAAACAAAGUUUGAACACGGAGUAUUGUGAGAGAUUGCAGCACGUGUCACUCUCUACUAAGAAACGCUUCAUCCCAAAACACGAGUUUCUUCUACUUGUGACCAUUGUCCAUUGCAACAAAACAAGUUACUCAGUAGUCAGUACAUCGCAACAACACAGCAUGGCUGAUGAUGCUAAAAGAAGGCGACUUGAUAGUGGAUCCGAAGCUGUUGAUAGAUUUAGCAACUUGCCGGUAAACAUAAAAGACCUUGUCCUGGAACGCUUGCCACUGCACGAUGCAGCAAGAACAGCUCUCCUCUCAAAAAGUUGGAGAAAUGUAUGGGAAAUGCUCCCAGUCUUGGUUUUUGAUAAUAUAUUUUUCUCCCGAAUGGUUUCAGGAAUAGAUGAACAGGCCCAAGUAUCUAAUGUUUCAAGGACCAUCAGUAACAUUCUUUUCCUUCACGAUGGUCCUGUCUCCAGAUUCCAUCUUUCUGUUCCUUCAAAUUUUCCUCUUCAUAAGUGUUUGGAUGUGGAUUUGUGGAUCAAACGAAUAUCGAAAAGUGGGAUUAGAAUAUUAGAGCUUAUUAAUAAAACACGAGUUCCCUACACUAUGCCUUCUUAUCUGUUUUCGUGUUUGGAGUUGACUCAUUUGACACUCGAUAAUUGUAUACUCAACCCACCCCGAAGGUUUGGAGGUUUCAGGAAUCUGAUUAAAGUUAAACUCUCCUCGGUCAAAAUUACUGGUGACAUGUCAUUUGGGAGUCGACUUGAAACAAUGAUCUUGAUUCUUUGCACUGGGAUUAAACAUCUGGGAUGCCAAUUCAACUCAAAGAACAAUCUCAUUCGUGAAGUGAAUAUCAUCAAAAGUGAAGAAAUUGAUUGGCAAUGGUUCAAAACCACUGAAAAGCUUCAUUAUCUAGGUCUCAUAUUGUCAGAGUCUUCAAAUUCUAGGAAAAACGUCAAUGAUUUAGACAAGUUACUUGGGAAGAUGCCUAAUAUCUAUGGUCUUCACCUCGACAAUUCUUUCCUAAGGUUUCUGGAACCAUGUGCAUCUCUUUCCAACAGACUUACUACAACAUUGGUGAACUUGAAUACUCUGAAACUUUUCUGUGUUGGAGGUUGGAGGUUGGGAUUGGGUUCUGAUUCAGUGUGUCCUGUGCUUGAUUAGAAGUUCGCCCAAGCUGAAAAAUCUUCAUAUACUGAUG